CCGAAUUUGACCCUACAAAUCCACUUCGAGGCCUUUAAAUGCCCACAAGGGUCAUGGAGCCAGAAUCAAGCUCAACAAGUCAUGGUCUACCAUCUAGUUCCCCUGGUCUUUCUUCUCAUUCGAACUGUAUCAAGUGCUCCCGCUGCAAGUGGGACUAGCCUUGCUGCUCCUACCAAUCUUCCAUCCCGUGAGACUGGUAAAACUCCUGCUUUAGGUUGGAACACAUGGAAUGCAUAUGGUUGUAACAUAAACGAGGCGAAGGUCCUUGCAGCGGCCCAAUCUUUUGUUGAUUUGGGACUAAAAGCAGCGGGUUAUCAAUAUGUCAACAUCGAUGAUUGUUGGUCUGUGAGAUCUCGGGAUACUUCUACUCAACGCAUCGUACCCGAUCCUUCCAAGUUCCCGAACGGUAUUAACGGUGUCGCGAACAAAGUGCAUGCGCUUGGUCUGAAGAUUGGUAUCUACAGCGACGCUGGAACAGCUACUUGUGCUGGCUACCCCGGCUCUCUUGGAAUGGAGAGUAUUGACGCCGCGACUUUCAGUUCUUGGGGCAUUGACUACUUGAAAUAUGACAAUUGUAAUGUACCGGGAAACUGGAGUGAUACAACGGCUUCGGAUGGCGACUGGUACAACUCUAAUUCCGCUAUCCGAUACCGUCAAAUGGGUGGUGCUCUUGCUACUCAGUCUCGCCCUAUUCAAUAUAGCUUGUGCCUCUGGGGGAAUUACAAAGUCACAACGUGGGGUGCCCGAGUGGGACAUUCAUGGCGAAUGGGUGGUGACGCAGUGCCACAAUGGAGCUAUGUAGUAAGCGCUAUCACGAACAAUGUGCAGUAUCUGUCUUCUAUCGACUUUUAUGGCCACAACGAUAUGGACAUGAUGGAAAUCGGGAAUAAGGGCCUCACCUUGGCUGAGGAAAGAACGCAUUUUGCUGCUUGGAUCUUCCUGAAGAGUCCCAUCUUACUAGGCACAGACCUCUCGGCAUUGAGUGCUGCUCAAGUCGCUGUAAUCACCAACCGUGAACUGCUGGCAUUUCAUCAAGACACCACUGUUGGCGGUCCUGCUGCGCCCUUUAAAGCAACGACGAACGCCCCAGUCACAUCUCCUCCGGAAUAUUACUCUGGCAAAUCGUCCAAGGGAACACACGUUUUCAUCAUCAAUCUUUCGUCUUCUACCGUUACGAAGACAUUUGCGCUGUCGCAAGUACCGAAUCUCGGAUCCGGCAACUUCAAGAUUCACGACAUGUGGGCCGGGGUAGAUGUGAGCGGCACGUUCUCGUCCUCUUCGACCUUCUCCGUGCAGGUUCCAAGUCACGAUAAUGUGGCGUAUCUCAUCACAUCCGCUUAA